AUGGACUGCUGCUACCUAUUAACUUAACUGAUUGUCAUUUUAAGCCUAUCAAUAAUAGCAUUUGCAUUGAAACAGAAUGUUUUCACUAGAAGAAAGUAAACUAUCAAGGAAAAGAAUGGGUAGAAGUAUGUAAUUGUGAUAACUGGAGCUGCCUAGGGCUUGGUUUAAGAUAUAAAAUAAGAGACAGGAAUAAAAAGUAUAGAAUUCAUUAAAGUUGAUAUUAGUGACCCAACUCAAUUGCUAAUAACAUGGAAUAGUAUUAUUUCCACUCAUAAGCAAGUCAACUUACUAAUAAAUAAUGCAGCAAGAGCGAUUGGUAAAAGAUUUUGUGAUAUGCAAUUUGAACAGUUUAAGAAGACUAUUGAGAUUAACUACUUCUCAAUCAUGUAGCUGACAAAACUAUUUUUGGACUAGAAAUUUCUAAUUGAAUCGAAAGAGUAUGGUGAAUAUCAUCUAGUCAAUAUAAUUUCAAUUGCUGGCCAUGCUGCUUCCGCCUAAAAUUCAGACUACAGUGGAAGCAAAUUUGCUUUAACUGGAUCAUUUGACGCAAUAAGAUAAGGUAAUAAAUAAAUAAGUUUAUCUAUUUCUAAAGAGCUUGUUUAAGAUAGACCAAAUGUUUGCUUGACAAAUAUUUAUCCUUAUUUCAUUAGUACUGGAUUAUUCCAUGGGUUUGACCCCAAAAUGAAAUACAUUGUCCCUACUCUUAAACCAGAAUAUACAGCAAACAGAAUCUACGAUUCAAUCAUCCAAGAAAAAAGAGAAGUAUACAUCUGGUGGUAUAUUUGCUACCUUAAGAUGGUUUUUGACUACUUUCCAUUGAGUUUGAAAUUAUGGAUAGUUUAAUUUACCACAGGAGAUGGCAUGAAAUCUUUCGUUGGUAGAGAUUAAAUAGGAAAAAAGAAAUAGUGA